CGCACUUGCACAACGGCUGGCAGGUGGAUCAGGCCAUCCUCUCGGAGGAGGACCGAGUGGUCGUCAUUCGGUUCGGACACGACUGGGACCCCACCUGUAUGAAGAUGGACGAGGUUCUCUACAGCAUCGCCGAGAAGGUGGCGGUAUAAACACCAAGUCAUGUCCAGAUCCUGCUGGCCUCAGCGCACGGCUAGGAUGCUAGAGACAUGAGGGUCAUUUGGCUCUUCAUGUCUGAGCAAAACUCAGCACGAUGCUCUUAGCUAGGAGACAGAGUUUGUGUGUUACCAAAUGGCAGAUAAUGGGGGAUCUUCCUCAUCUUGUUACGAGCCCUGUUUGGAUAUUCCCGCUGUUUUAAAGUGGAUUCUUAGCUGGUGGAGGAGCUCUACACAAAAGGGUAGAGUGGCAGUGGGCGUCCCGGCCUUCAGUCUCAGUGAUUUGCAUGAGGUUAAAAAUUUUGCAGUUAUUUAUCUUGUGGAUAUUACAGAAGUUCCUGACUUCAACAAAAUGUAUGAGCUAUACGAUCCGUGCACUGUCAUGUUUUUCUUCAGGAACAAGCACAUCAUGAUUGACCUGGGCACUGGCAACAAUAACAAGAUCAACUGGGCCAUGGAGGACAAGCAGGAGAUGAUUGACAUCAUCGAGACCGUGUACCGAGGUGCCCGGAAAGGUCGUGGGCUGGUUGUGUCUCCCAAGGACUAUUCCACCAAGUACAGAUACUGAGCUCCCGUCCCAGUCCCACUGCUGUAUGUAAAUGUCACAGGGUCGUUUUCACGUGGAAAUACAUUAAAUGACCUAAAGCCUUUGACAAAGGAAGCGUUUGGGGAAAGUACGCGAAGCUCAAGUUGCUGGAGCGUCUUUGCUGUGAGGGCAGCACGGCCUCAGCUUUCCCUCUGCCCAGCCAUCGCCUUUCUGUGUUAGCAAAUAUCUGUAAAUAUCUAGCUGAGAUAAAUAAAAUACAUGGUGGUGAGCA